AGCCAGAGUGCCAUCACUACUUCGAUUGCCCUCUCUUCCCAAAUCACUCAUCUCCAGUCAACGUGCUCUUUUUCUUUUCUUUUUUUUAUCAAUGCGCAGGAAAAAUAAACCAAAAUCCAGGAAAAACAAAGACGCGCAUUAUGAGUGAUCUUGAGGAGAUGGACAGCGAGCGGCUGAAUGAGCUAGAAUCGAUUCUGUAUGCCUCGAUCCACUACAGCGAUGGAACGGACGAGCAGAGUGCCCUGGAUCCGCCUGUGGUGGAGUCAUCGAGCGACAAGGAUGCCAGGAGCAUGCCACCGCCUCCGCAGCAGAAGCAUCCGAAGCCUGGCCACCGAUUCGUCAGUGGAACGCGGGUGAUCAACAACAACAAUGGGGGCCCCAAGCAGAAGCCACGCUACUGGGCGGAGGGAGCGGGAGCCGAGGGGCAGGGGCAGGUGGUGCAGCCAGUGGAACAGCAGGAGGCCCCAAACAAAACAAUACCAGCUUCUGAAGUGACACCCUCUCCAUCUCCUAAAAACGUAGAAAAGCCGAAGGACAAAAGCCCAUUGCUGACGCCCAAAAAGGGAACACCCAACCAACCGAAGCCAGGAAACCAGCCAUCGAAACAGCAACCAAGUCCUCAGGCUAAGCAACAGCAAAAUCAGCAGCCCAAACAGCAAGCAAAACAGCAGCCUAAGCCACAGCAAAAUUCGCAACAAAAACAGCAGCCAAAUCAGAAGACAAAGCAGCAACAAAAUCAGCAACCGAAGCAGCAGCAGAAGAAGCCUUCGCCAAAGCAGUCGCCAGUAGUACAACAAACUAAACCGCAACCGACCACACCCACCAAAGUCAACCAGGAGGCAUACGAAGAAGAACGAUUCGACCAGAGGCUCCUAGUGGCCAUCCCACCGAACUGCCCGCCCAAAAAGCAGAACAAGCCGCAACAAAACAAGCAGCAGCAGCAGCAACAGAAAAAUAAACAACAGCAGCAGCCGCAACAGAUCAAAAAGGAGCAGCAAGCAGGAAUUGGACCUGGACCCUUUGGCAAGGCCAGUCGAAAAUUGGAGCAGUUGCAACGACUGGAAGGCAAAAAACAGAAAUCCAAGCAGGCUCAAUUGAAUAAAAAGCAGCGCAAGCAGAAAUCUACGCCGGUAGAGUUUGUGAAUCUGGCGGAGAGUAGCCAAUCCUCUGAUGACGAUGAUGUGGUGCAUGUACCACUGCCACCGGCUCCAAUCAUCGAACUGGACACCAGCGAUGGGGAGCAGGCCUGCACUUCAUCGCAGCUAUUUCACGAGGAGAACGCCAUGGAUGCGACGGAUGUGAAGAUGGCAUUGUCUUGUAUAACAGAUCACGAGGCGACAGGAGUGAUGACUGGCACUAUCACACCAUCUACCAACUCGCCUUGCUGUUCCGUCAUGUCAAGUGAUGACUUUAUAGUACAAAAGGACACCAGUCGCUUCUUGGCAGAGCGUGAGAACGCUAACGAUGACGAUCUCCUGGUGCUGACAGAAAAGGCUAUAAGAGAAUCUAAUGUCCAGAAAGUACCAGAUAAAGAGGUUGUAGAGGAAACACCACAGGAUCACGCGGCUGAUACCUCCUCGGAAUACGAGUUUGUCCCCCCUUCGCGUCUUGAGGAGAUUAAGCGGAACUAUCGUGUGGGCGAGCAGCAGUUCAGGGCUUUGGACGUUUACGAAAGUGAAUCUGAUCUUACCGAGAGUGGCAUCUACUCGAAAGCCAAGAACAAGACGAUGCCGACCAUCAUACGCAACGUAGACUCGCCAUCGGGCAGCUCUUCCGUGGAGGAGGUAGUGGAGCCCAGUGUGCAAAAAACAAAGCGCCUACGUAAACGUUCCACCUCAACUAAUGUUCAUAGCCAUUCUGACCCAAACAAUGAUGAUCUGGGGGAUGAUACGGAUAGCGAGGAUGGGGUUCAUGCCACCGGAGUCCCUGGCAUCGCACGCGGAAUGGCUGUCGAGCGAUGCAAGCGCAAGAUCCGGCGAAUCAGCAUCAGACGAAACUCUGACGAGAAUCCAAAGAAAGCUGCACGCAUCCAAAAACCAAAGGUUUCAGCGAGCCAAGAGGCUAGCUCUGAAUCCACGUCCGAGGAUGAGCUGCCAAGUGCCAGGGAUAUAGCCGAGAGAUUACUUAAUCCGAAUGCAGAAAAGGAGCCGGCACAAGAAGCCACUUGUGAUGAUCCGGAAACCGUUUCCAUUGGCUCCGACGCGAAUUCCGAAGCAGAAGCAGAAUUCCGCGAUGCCAUGACGGGUCGCUUAGCAGCAGUAUUUGAGCGCUUGGAUGCCGAGGCCCAAAAAUCGCAGGAAAAGGAACAAAUGGAUGCCAGUGGAUAUGCCUCCGACGAAGAAGAUUCCCGAGACAAUGUGGCAGACACCACGAUCCAAACCGAGGAGGAAUUAGAUGUCUCCAACGAGCUGCAGGAGGCGGAUGCCGAGGAUAAUGAUGUGGAUGUGUCAAUUGAGGAGCCAGCCAUUCAAGUGGAGCAUAAUUUGCCGCUUCUAACAGACGAUAGUCUGCCCAAGGGCGGCGAACUCAUUGGUUGGAACGAGGAGAUGUGCCGCUUUUACAAUGACAGCUGGAAUGGGGAACAGUUUUCAGUUCACAAGGUCCAAAAAAGAAUGAGUGCACAUCGCCAGGAAUGGAGGCUCAACAAUGCGGACAGGUAUCCUGUGGCACGACCCCGCUCGCACGCCAAGUGCACCAACUGCUUUGAAAUGGGUCACGUGCGUUCCAAGUGCCCGCGUCCCCGCAAACCACUCGUGUGCUUUCUAUGCGGCACUGUGGGCCAUGCCGAACCACGCUGUCCCAACGCCAUCUGUUUUGGGUGUGGCUCUAAGCAGGCGAUCUACGUGCAGCAGUGCAACAAGUGCUCUUUCCACAGCCGCGUGGUCUGCCAGCUGUGCAAGAUGAGAGGCCACGGCACGGAUCACUGCCCAGAUAAGUGGCGUCGCUAUCACUCUACGACUCGUUCCAACGCGGAACUGGAUAGCAGGGUUCAGUACAGGAAUGUUCAAUGCAGCUACUGUGCCGGACGCCAUCUCUUCGAGAACUGCCGCCAGCGAAUUGGAGACUUUCGUGGGACCAAUUAUACCAGUCAAAUUGUGUCGCACCAAAAGAUCUACAAGAAUCGCGGGGGUCCCAUUGGAUAUCUUGGCGAUCUAAACAGCUUUUUUGCCAUUGAAACACCCUUCCACUUUAAGUGGAACAGUCCGAGUAUGCCCAAAAGUAGCUACUAUGCUAAGUUCCUUAUCCAGGCGAACUUAGCUAAGCCGCAGUCAAUUAAAAGGAAAUCAACCACUGCUCUGGCGGAGAUACCAGCGAAGAUUUAUACUCACGAUUAUGUGCCCAACGCUCAAGUGAAGGCUGCUCGAGGAGAGGUCUCUACCGAAAUGGCUAAGAAAUCGGUUACAAAGCAAAAGCAGAAGGUUAUUAUUGAGGAAGUCAUUAUUUUGCGACCACAAGGGGGGCAACCUGAAGAGCAGCAACCAGAAGUGGAGCAACCUGUGGAGGAACAACCUAAGGAAAAGCAACCUGAAGAGCAUCAAUCUGUGGAGAAGGAACCUGAGGAGCAGCCACUUGACGAGGAGCAGCCACUUGACGAGGAGCAGCCUACGGAUGAGCCUGAUGAGGAAGAUCCAUCGGUUUCCAUCCAGCGUACAGAGAUUACCACCAAUUUUCAGACUCCAGAAAGUGAGACUGGAAAAACCAAACCAGUGGUGGCACCCCAUGAGAUGGACUCCGAUUCGAACUACAGUUUUUCUGAGCACUUUGAGGUGCCCAGCUCGACAACUAGUGAAGAUCAGGAGGCUCGACCGACUAUCCAACUACCGCUUAACCACCCCCUGUCCAAUCUGCCGGAUGUUAUACCCCUAAGCGGAAGCAUGGACGAUGAUUUCGAACUCUCCUCCAACGUCCAGGGGAUUUCCAUGUGUGUUAACUCCACCACCAGCGGUCGCCGAAGUGACGACGAUCCUCGUCCGGACUCCAGUGAAGAGCUGCCCGAUAUACCAAGCGAGGGCAAGAUAAUCAUGUCACGCGACCAAUCUGAGUACCUGUUCAGCCCCGAAGGCCGAAAUUUCCUGGCUGCAGCCGCCAAGCAGUGCCAAGUUAGCGUACGCAUGGAUUUCAAGGACUACGGAUAUGUCCUGGUGAUCUAUGGCCUCAAAAAGAACCAGGAAGAACUGCAAGUGAAACUUCUGCGCCGCAACCAAGAGGUCAAGCGUAAAACCAUCGAGUUCCAGAGCCAGAAGCCGCCCAAACGAAUCGAUGUGCUCAUUCGCUUUAUGCGGGAUGGUAUCAAUAUGCUGAACACCAAUCUGGGCAAUGCCAAGAACCACUAUACGCGCAUCAAAGAGCUCGAGGAGAUGAACACCAAGAACGGCUUUAAAAUGGCAGAAAAGAAGCGUCGCCAGCUUAACAUGAUCCUGGUGGGCCAGGCGGGACUCGUGAAUGGCAAAACCCAUCUUGAUCAGCUGCUGGUUUUGUUGCGUAGCUUGGUCGAUGAUUUCUCACCGGAUGACAAUGCCACGCCACAAAUGCGCAACGAGAUCGAGGACCAUUGGCGCAUGAUCUUCACAGCAUAUCCACACCAGAAUUACGACUCUCUGAUCAACAGUUAUGGCCGUCUGGAUCAAAAGAAUCGUCUGCCCUCGCUGCACAUAGAUCCUGUGCUGCUGGGACUGCAGCAGAAGAAGGCGCAGAGUCAGCCGCAAUCGCCGAGUAAACGUCCUUCUUCGCCAACUCCUCCACCGCCGACUUGGCAGCAUAUGGCUCCGCCACCGCCUCCGAAAAUUUCGAAGAAGAAGCAACGCCAGGCGCUGGAGCAACAGCAAAAACAGGCUCAGCAGUCGCAGCAGAAACAAAAUCAGCAGCAAAAUCUACAGCGGCAGGAGCAACGCCUGCAACAGCAACGCUUGCAACAGCAAAGGCAACAGCAAGAGCGUAUGGAACAGCAUCAGCAGCAGGCACAGCAGCAACAUCAGCAACAGAUGCAUGCAAAACAGCAACGUAUUGCCCUAGCUAUUCAGCAAUAUCAACAGAGAAACAACCAGCAGCAGCAGCAGCCACUUCAACGACCGCAAUUCAACCAGAUGCCCUGCAACAAUCCGCAGCAACGAUCGCGAACCGAUCUCCAGCUACGUCAGACUCUUAAUCCGGAGUGCGACCGCCUGCUGGCGGAGGUGGAUCAGAGCGAGCAGGGCAUCAAUACGGACGCCAACAAAGCAUCCAUAUUCUGGUCCCGCGAAUCGCUCAAGUAUCUGGACGAUCUGUUCAAGAUGACCUCCAAUGCGGACACCAUGGAGCGUCUCAAUAGGGUGCUCCAGCGAUCGCAGCGUGGUCUGUUGUCGCACAACGAUUACCGUGCGGUUAUUCGACUGCACUCGCUAUUGUGCAACUGAGGAUGGGCCAUGGGCUGGGGGGUCACUUUCUUUUCCUGGGGGUCACUUUCAUUUUGUUUAACAAAUGCCAACAGAUUUCACAAUGGGUAUCUGAAAGAUAUUACCCAAAAACCGAAUAAAUACAUAACUGACUAUUUUCAUA